CCGCGGAGUAAAAACGUGGAGCUGUGGCUAAUGAGCCGAUACUUUGUCAAUAAUAACUUAUAUACCAAGAAAUAUAAGUAAAUAAAUAAGUAAGCACUACAUUAUCGACAUUGACAUCGCUGUACUUCAGUUAAAUCGUAACGGCUAGUGGAAACCAGUCCGAGAUAAAUAAUGGCCCGGUGGUUAGGGUUAAUUCUCGCUCUUGCAGUGUUUUCAAAUUUGAGUGAAGCAUAUAGAUUCUUAGUCAUUUUCCCAAUACCUGGAAAAAGUCAUAAUAUUCUCGGCAGUAAUGUGGUCGACCAUUUACUUCAAGCUGGACAUGAGGUUACAUUCGUCACGCUGUUUCCAGUCAAGAACCCACAUCCAAAUCUACAACAGUUAGAUGUUAGUUCCAAUUUUGAUCUAAUGCCGGAGGACCUCCUAAAUGUAAAGGCGCUACUGAAUGAAGAAGUAAACAUCGAUAAUCCUCUGUUGAUGUUUCAAUUCACAAAGGAUUUGUUCGCGAAAACCGUCGAGAAUCCAAAUGUUGCAAAAGUGCUCGGCGACACUAAUCAGAAAUUUGAUGCAGUGAUAGCUGAAUGGAUGUACAAUGACGCUUACUCAGGGAUAGCUACAAUAUUUGACUGUCCUCUCAUCUGGUUUUCCACUAUCGAUCCACAUUGGGUUAUACUUAGUUUAAUUGAUGAAAGUACUAAUCCAGCCUACGUGCCAGACCGUCUGUCAAGUAGUAUACCACCAUUCAAUUUCAAAGAACGAGUAAGCGGACUUCUCCUGCAGCUUGUAAGCUCAGCGUUUAAAACUUUUUAUUGGAAUGGUGUCAUUGAAGAGGAAGUCAGAAGAUUGAUUUGGCCAUACCUAAUUCAGAGAGGAAAACCUAUUCCUUCAUUCCUUGAAGUUAGCCAUAAUGCAUCUUUGGUUUUGGGUAAUUCUCAUGUAUCUUUAGGACAAUCAAUCAGAUUACCUCAAAACUACAAGCCUAUCGCAGGAUACCAUAUUAAUCCUAAAGUAGCACCAUUACCAGAAGACUUGAAAAAACUAUUGGACAAUGCAAAGAAUGGCUUAAUUUACUUCAGCAUGGGAUCAAACUUGAAAAGCAAAGAUCUCCCGGACAACUUAAAACAGGGAUUCCUAAAAAUUUUCCGUGACCUGAAACAAACAGUGCUAUGGAAAUUUGAAGAAGCAAUUCCAAAUUUGCCCAAAAAUGUACAUAUAGUUCAAUGGGCUCCACAACAUAGUAUAUUAGCACAUCCAAAUUGUAUACUUUUCAUCACACACGGUGGACUGCUGUCCACAACCGAAACUGUUCAUUUUGGAAAACCAAUUAUUGGAAUACCAGUGUUUGGUGAUCAAUUCGUUAAUAUUGAAAGGGCUGUGAGUAGAGGAUUUGCUAUAAAAGUGCCUUUAUCUUACACAAUGUUGGAUAAAUUCAAAGCAGCUAUAGACGAAGCUAUCAGUAAUCCUAAAUACAAAAAUAAGGUGAAGGAGCUCUCGGAAAUUUAUCACGACCGGCCCGUCCCAUCGAGUGAGGAGUUGGUGCACUGGGUAGAGCACGUGGUGCGGACGGGAGGCGCCCCGCAUUUGAGAUCUCCUGCGCUCAAUGUUCCGUGCUAUCAGAAAUACUAUUUAGAUCUGUUGGCAGUUAUUGCAGCAAUCAUUUUAGUAUUAGUAGUUGCAUUUAAAUUAUCAUUGCGGGUCUUAAUGUAUAACAAGAAGCAGAAUUUGAAAAAGAAGAACUGAAUUAUUUUGAUCCACAUAUUUUUUUAAAUUUAAAUUA